AUGACGGACAUCAUAUCACAUAACGAGAACAAAGAAGACUUCGAGGACGGUGAGCUUCCAGAAGACGGUGAAAUAUGCGACGAUGAAGAAGAAUCAGUGAAAGCUGCGCCACCAUCUAAGCCGAAGGAAUAUCAACCACCUCCAAUGGCUGCUGCUCAUGUUGCUCCAGCAGUUGAAAAACCCAGAGAACCGAGAGAGCGCGUCAGAAGAUUCGAACAGAAUAGUCCUCCAAGGGAACGGGAACGAGAGAGAGAUCCAGAUCCAUUUGGGUCUCAUAGCGAUGCUCCCGACGGAAAUGAAUACUUUGGCGACAAGGAUUAUCGUAGUGCGGGAGCAGCUGCGAGCUCAGAAGAAGAGCCAUUCACUGACACAGAUUAUCGAACAAAUCGGCGAAGACGACUCUCUCCAUCUCACGAUGAUGCUGAAUACGAGUCACGAUCUAAACGCCCGUUUUUCAACGGAGGCGGUGGUCGUGGAGGAUUUCGUGGUGGUUUCAGAAAUGGGCCAAAGCCGAGAUUCCAGACAGAACAUCAAAUUUGUAAAUUUUUCCGCGAAGGAUAUUGUAGGGAUGGAGAUAACUGCUCAUAUUCCCAUCAGGCCGAAGAUUCAUUGAGACGACCGGUUUUGUGCAAUUUUUAUGCCAAUAGUUAUUGUAAAAAGGGUCUGCAAUGUUUAAUGCUUCACGGAGAAUUCCCAUGUAAAGACUUUCAUCGACAGAAAUGUUUCAAUGAUAAUUGUCGGUUCUCUCACGUACCACUCACUGACUACACUCGUCCGAUUAUUGAGAAAAUUAUCGCUGAUGAAGAUGCACGGCAACCACAACAACCACCUGUGUAUAGACAGAAUCCAGUCGCAAAUGCGGCCGCCGCGGCAGCUGCUGCACAAGUUAUGGCUCCAAGGAGGAGAGUAUUGCUCCCUGGUGGUCCCGCACUAAACAGUACUUCUCCACCACAUGCUCCAGUGAUUCAUGCUCCUGUUCCACAAGCAUCCAUGCAGAAUCAACUACCACCACCGACUGUGGUUGUUCCAACGAUUCAACGGAAUCCUGUGCCGCUCCAUCAACAAUAUCCUGUCGCUCAAGGAGGCGGGUAUUUCAAUAAUGGACCAUCAUCUCGUCCUGAACAAGUUCAAGGACUUCCACCACCUCGUACCAUAGAACCACCACGGCCAAGUACCCAUAUGCAACCAAUGUCAAUGCAACAACAACCACAAUUGAUUCGGCCGAUGAAUCCAAUGAACUCGAUGGGUCCACAACAAAUGCAACACCUCCAACAACCUGGAUUAGUGGUUCCGCCACAAGUUGUUGCUCAACCGGAAAGAAGAGCACCAUCGCCGCCAGUUUUCAAUUUGGAGGCGAUGCUCAACAAAUUGGCUAAUAGCGAUAAAAUGAGACAAAGUCCGAAGACAAACGUGAUCGAUGACUCUCCAGCAUCGCCACCAGCUUUCUCAACGAAUAUGUUUGGGUCAAACAACCGUGUUGCCGUGAUACCACAAACGAUUCAAGUGGUCUGGGGACUGCUCCGAAUUCAAAAACGUCUUCCCUACUCGAAUGUCGAAAAUCCGGAUAGGAUACCAAUGAAUGAUCCAAGAAGAGCGAAAGCCAUCUCAAAACAAUUCGAUGCCUUCUCCUCAUUGCUCAGUGCUGGAGGUCGUGGUGGUGUUUCGGAUCCACGUCUGCGUGCUCAAAAAGAGAAAAAUGAAGCUGCUGCUAGAGAACAGCAACAGACACCAACAACGACAACGACGACUUCGAUGCCAUUCUCGUCUUGGAUGCCGCAAAUAUCAUAA